UUUAUACCUCCAGAGACAAUUUUUAAAUGUCCAUUUAAUUUAAAUUAUUUACAUUAAUAGUAGAAGUACGAGUGUCGUCUUAAAUGGUUAUCAACAUUAUUUCAGAUGAUUUAUUUUGUAUUUUUACAUUGUUAUAAUGUAAAAUAAGUUUAGAUAGUUAAAUACAUAAAUAACAAAGAGUUUUAUCACUUCUGAGAUAAUUUGUACUUGCUUAUUUUCAUUUAAAUUAUUUUAUUUGUAGGAGGGCAACAAGAAUAGUCUUAAAUGACCAUUUGUCUUAUUUCAAAAUUAUUAUCAACAGUAAUUUUAUUAUUAGAUUAUCUCAGUAAUUUCAGAAUUAAGAGUUUUAGUCGUAGUUUCUUUAAUUAAUUAAAUUUGACAUUGACAACCGUACAUCAUCAAAGUAGUCAUUGUUGUCAGCACGACAAAAAUAGUGACAACAUAACUUGUCAAUUGGCAAAAUGUCCGCCCUUUGCGCAAGAAUCUUGUCGUCCUCCGCAAGAAAACCCAUCCGCUUUAUGUUGGCCGCCAAGCACACCUCGAUGGGCGAUCCCAUCGAGCACGCCACCGGCCUGGAGAAGCGCGAGAUGCUCGCCAAAAUGUCGGGCAACGAGAACCCCUUCGACAUAAAGGUCAUAAAACGCGGCUGCGGCACCAAGGAAACACCGAACGAGAUACCGUCCGCCUUCGACGCCCGUCUCAUCGGCUGCAUCUGCGAGGAGGAGUCCACCAGCAUCUCCUGGAUGUGGCUGCACAAGGGCGAGCCCAAGAGAUGCGAGUGCGGACACUGGUUCUGUCUCGUGCACAAGGCCCCUCUAUAAACAACCUUUUCAUUUAUAAUUUAUCAGGAAAUUACUGUAUUUUAGUUGCUCUUCCCUUUUGAACGUCAAAUUUUGGUACUAUUCAUGAGUUGUAGUUGAUAAAUAAAGGAUAAUUCCUAUAAC